AUGUUAGGAUUAAACAUGCAUGAUGGCAUGAGAGUAAAUGAGAUGAAACUUGACGGCGUGUCAUGGAAAGCUGGGUGGCAGGUGGGGAGACCGUUGAAGCUCAACCCUGCCAGGGCCCAGAUCAUGGUACAGAUCAGUGACGUGCAGGUUGCCGCUCUACGGCUCCAGGAACGGCCAUUCCUGAUUUCCGGUGUAGAGAAUCCGUCUGAUGAAGAAAGUACUGGGUAUAGCAUCAAGUGUACUCCCGAUGAUCAGCAGCACUUGAUCUACCUCGAUCACUCAUGGUAUCAUUUCGAGCCUUCAGCCCAGCAUCGCAAUUCCACUUUUUGGACCCGACCGAGUUUCGUUCCUUACUUUCCCCCUCCCUUCUUCUGGAAGUUCAAGAAGAAGUUGUUUGAGUUGAGUGACAUAUUUGCCAUCUGCGGGCCAGAGCCAGUCAACCGUCGAGGGCUUCCCUUUGGAUUUGCAGCCGCCAGUGGCUCAGCCGCCUUGUCUCACCCCUACGUCCACCUGUCGGAAGUACUCGCUGCGACCAGUGACCCACGCUGCAUCUCGACCUCAGUGUCUGAAUUGACGGCUGUACGAUCAAUUUGA